AUGGAGACGCUUGUAGUUGUUGCACAGCAGGAUCAAUUUCAUAGCAGAAGCCGUGGCAGAAACCAUGGAUCCUUUGGUUCUUAUCCUUCGAGGGAUUUCAGAGAAAUCAAUUGCCGUACCUUUCAAUCUGGGCCAGGUAUACUUCCAAGCCCACUAAAGGCUCGUUCCCCACCUAUUGCUAAACAGUCCUUGCCUACUUCCCCAAAAACACCAUCCGCAGCCCCAUCUAAUGUGAAAAAGCAUUUCAACUCCGACCAAAACCCUAAACACACAAAGAGAAUCACUAAAAGUAAUUCCGUUCCUAUCCCAAUUGAUAUUAAACAUGUUGAUUACUCCCUCAAGGAUAACAUAAGGGGUUCUUUGAAUGACAAUUUCUUUUACUCUGAGCUAUGGGCUGGACCUGCUUAUUCAAAUUCACCACCUCCUAGUUCUUUACCUAUACCUAAGUUUUCAAUCAAGCCAAAAAGGACUGUAUCUCUUAACCUGCCUUCAGUUUCAGCUUCUGAUAUUGAUUUGUUGACCCCUGUUGCAAAAUCUGCUCCCCCUUCCCCUACAAGGGAACAUCACAAGUCUUCUCGUAGAGACUUCUUUAACAGUGACGAUGAGUUUGCCACUAAGACUCUUCGUCGCAUCCUUAAUCUUGACAUGGUCGACGAGUGA